CCACGACCAUGGUGGACGUCACUCCUUCCCCACGAAUAAGCUUCACUUCACUCCCCCUCCCCCUCCCAUCCUAUCCACAUCCACAUCCACAUCCACAGAUCCUCCCGCCCUGACGGCGCUCGUCGGCGGCCGCGGCAACACACGUACCGGCCGUCUCUCUCCUCCCGCCAGGCCAGGGCUGCGCGUCUGACCUGACCUGACCUGACGGCGCUCGCCGGCGGCAAGACGCGUACUGGAGAUCUAGGGCAGGGACGACAACACAUGUCAAACAUCCAGUCACCAUGAGCCUAUCUGCCACUGGGAUAAUUAGUGCUGUCGAUGAUUGUGUCAACUUGUUCCAGUGGACCAGAUCUGCCAUUCCAUCUCUGCACUCCGCCUUGAGUGGCUCACAGCAGGAAAGUCUCCAGGAGCAUGUGUUGCGCUUACAGGGUGGCCUACAAUGUCUCAGGGAUGCUCUUCCUGCAAUAUAUGACCUCAUUGACCGAGCAGAGCGGAGAAGCCAUGACACCCGUGUGGAAAAGCUCCUUCCACUACUCAAGGAUCUAGUCUAUGAGGUUGAGGACCUUCUUGAUGAGGCCAAAUGGUAUGAGGUGAAGGCGCAAGUUGAGGGCAAUGCAACCCAAUCUCCUCCUCCUCUCUUUGAGUUCAUUGAUGAUGUCCUCCAAGGCAGCAGCUUCGGCAAGCUGAGUCAUGCCCAAUCAAGGCUGAGUAAUCUUUCGAGUCAGCUGGAGAUCGUGGGGCUUGCUGAAGCUACACAACACGUUGACAGAUUAGUCAAGCCGAAGACCGGCUCUUUGCCAUAUGAAGGCCUAUUUUUUUGUUAUUACAAGGAGCUAGCGCAGGUGAUGGGAUUUUCCACAAAUUCAAAAUGCAAGAGAGCAACGAGUUUGGGCAAUGCAUCAACAAGCGCAUCAGCAAACAACCAAUUCAGUAACGGAUUAAGAAGAAUAUCGAGCCUUCCUGUUUUGGUAAUACAAGGAACUGGUGGUGUUGGAAAGACUACUUUGGCCCGACGUAUAUGGUUCAAUCAAACGGGGAAGCCUCGGAUCAUUUGGAUUCAUGUCUCAGAUGGCUUUGAUGUGAAGAGGUUAACUAAAAAGGCCAUACAACUCUGUACUGGGGAGGAGACAACAACUGAUGAUUUGGAUUCUCUUCAGGACCUUUCUAAGCAUGUGAGCAAUAAAAGGUUAUUGGUAUUCCUUGAUGAUAUGCGGGAUGAUGCCUUGAAGGAAAACGGGCAGUGUUGGAAGAGGUUUUGUGCACCUUUUAGGAAUGUCCGAGGGGGAAGCAUGAUUUUGGUCACUACUAGAUGUUCAGAGGUUACUGAGGGGGUGCGGACAAUGGAGCCCAUUAUCUUAGAUGGUCUAAAAGGUGAUGUCUUUUGGAAUUUUUUCAAAUUGUGCGUGUUUGGAGAUGGGAGGUCUGAGAUUGAUCCUGAGUUAGAGCGCAUCGGUAGAAGUAUACUUCCUAAAUUGAAGGGUUCUCCUUUGGCCGCCAAAACUAUGGGACGCAUGUUGAGCACGGACCUUCAAGCAUCCCAUUGGAAUUCUAUACUUGAGAGUGAACUGUGGGAGUUGAGACAAGAGGAGGCUGACAUUUUUCCGGCCCUUCAGUUGAGCUACAUGCAUUUACCAUUCUAUUUGAAGCGAUGCUUCGCAUUCUGUUCUGUGUACCCCAAAGAUUGCAAAUUCCAGAAGGCACACUUAGCUGAAGUUUGGGUAGCGGAAGGCUUUGUGGAAUCUCAAGAUAUUGGCUGUCAGUAUUUUGAAGACCUUGUAACACGGUCCUUCUUUCAAAUGGUUCGUGGUGGAUACGUAAUCCCUGACCUAUUGCAUGACCUGGCACAAAAAGUUUCAGAGCACGACUGCUUCAUCUUAAGAAAUGACAGUUGCUUUGAUAAAGUUCCCCAGGAUGUUCGUCAUCUGUACGUACUCCCUAGCAGUGACUUUGAUGGUUCCAACUUGUUGAGACUGUGCAGGUACACAAAGCUGCGUACCCUAAUUUGCGAGAAGAGUUUAGGGAAAGAAGCAGGUUUUGUAAUGGGCCACUGGUGUACUAAACUUUUGCGUAUGCGUGUGAUUUCUUGUGCCUCCACAGAUGAGUUACCAGGUAGUAUUGGCAACUUGAAGCAUCUUCGGUACCUUGAAAUCUCCAGAGCUUGUGCUUUGAAGAGGAUUCCUUCAACUUUCCGUUGGCUAUAUAAUCUGCAGAUUUUUUAUGCCAAGAAAUGCAAGCUAGAAAGUCUGCCUAGUGACUUUGGUAAGUUGAUCAACUUACAGAAAUUUGAAUCGGAUGGAUUACCAUAUUAUCCUGGGUGCCGCAUGCGUGUUAAUGCAGCAGAUGGGCAGGGACAAAGAAUAGUUAGGUUAAUGAAGAAUCUGAACCAAUUUCAUGGCUUGGAGAUCACUCAUGUUGGCAUGCUAACUAAGGAUGAUGCAGUAGAAUCAAAACUGAAGAAUAAGAAAGACCUUGACGAGUUGAAACUGAUAUUCGAAUCAGAUGGGUUACCAAUUUCGCCCCGGUUUUUAGGCUAUCCCGAGUCUCAGUACAUGCAGGACAAUGAGAUAGACAUGCUUCAUCAGUCUCAAAUCAUCCAGGACAAUGAGAUAGAAGUGCUUCAAUCUCUGCAACCUCCUAUCAGUCUCAAGUCUCUGUUCCUCCAGAAUUAUGCUGGUGUCUCGCUCCCAAGCUGGUUUCGGCCGCAAAACAUACCCAUCUUAGAAUCACUUACUUUUAGAGACUGUGCUGGACUCAAGAGCAUAUCAUUGUGCAUGAUCUCACAGAUUAUAGGCUUAAAUCUGAUACCUGCAGUGCUAGUUCACAACAAUAAUGAUAGUGUUGGUAUGUUCCUAUCCCUGACAGAUCUAGCCAUUUAUGGGUGCCGAAAUUUAUCAACUCUCGAACAUUUUCUGCUUCCAAAAUAUGUACCAGCCAUGAAGAAAAUAGCAAUUGGAGGUUGCAAGAGGUUAGAAUCAAUACCAACAGAAAUGUUUGGGGAUUUUCAUUUUCUUGAAGAACUGAACAUGGUCUCUUGUCCAAAAAUCCGCUCCCGAAGAUUGGUAUCGCCAUCCCUUAAGAAGCUCAGACUGUCUGAUUCUGCUCUCUUUUACAGCAUUGAGUGCUGCUCCCUCACCUACUUUCAUCUAUCAAGUGAGUUUGUCAUGUCCAUCCAACUACAGAUGUGGAGUCUUCCAGCUCUACGGGAGUUGCACAUUCUGUGCCGCUCUCUUACAUCUAUUGGAGGCUCCACUAACCUUUCCCUUUGUACGGGCACUGGCAGCAUUAGAGCAUUCUCAUCCCUUAGUGUCCUAAGUAUUUCACAUUGUGAUAAAUUGUCAACCCUUGAUGACCUCCUAACACAAGAAUAUCUACCUGCUAUUGAGGAAAUUGCAAUCUGUUUUUGUGGGGAGUUACUGUCCCUGCCAGGUGAAAGGUUUGGUAGUUUUUCUUAUCUGAAAGAUCUGCGGAUUGACAACUGCAGAAGUCUCAACUGGCAAAGGGGAUUGGUGUUGCCAUCGUCUCUGCAAAGGCUCAGCUUACAUUAUUGUGGGGAUAUGUUUUCAUCUGUUCCCAACUGCUUUAAUAAUCUAAUGUCCCUCGUCUCACUGACGAUGAAGGGAUGCCAGGGUAUAAGAUGCAUUCCAGGCGACAUUUGGCGCUGUGAUCUUACAUCACUUGAGUUGUUGGAGAUUCGGGAUUGUCCAGACCUAGUUUCAAUCGGUGGAGCAAAGGCAGUUGAGAAAAUAAAGUCAGUGUGGAUAUGUGGGUGUCCAAAUUUAAAGGGAGUAUCAGGGAUCCUGAGAAGGUGCAGCAAAGGAUGAGUACUACUAAAUGACAAGCGAGCUCGAACCCAUGGCUGCAUUGCUUGGAAGUUGAAAGACUCAUGGGAUGGCGAGACUUGGUGCAGCACUACUUACUUGGAAGUCAGGAGACCCAGGACAACAAGACGUUUUUUUGUGUAUUUUUCUGUUGUUAGCUCUGUGGUUAAUGCAAGUUGCUCCUUUUUCUUCUCUCUGAUUCUUACUUAGCUCUUUGUGCUUUGUGUUGUUAGUUUGGUGCUUGCAUUGCAGGGGCCUCUGAUGAUUAUCCCAAACUGCCACAAAGUGUUGUUUUUUAGGCCUAAUGUCUGGGGGAAGCCUGUGCUUUCAGAUGCAGGGUUGUACAUGCAUUUGAGAGUGCAUUAGGAUUAUUUUGAACAAAAGGAAUUGCAGUCAGUGUGCAGCAGAGCUCACUAAUACGUACAGUGUUAUUUGUGCU